AGGACCGUCACUGCCAGGAUUUUGAAAACGACACACAUGAUGGUGGAUUAGCGAAGCUACGUGCUGGUGAUAACAAAAUGAAUAGACACCACACAGCAAGACUGCUAGAACCGCAGUCUGUCCUUUGUAUAGAAGGCCUAUCACCGGAACGCCUCUCAGAAGUCCGCGUUGUUGUAAGUUUUGUAAUAUUAGGAACAAUUAACCUAACAGUGAUCGGUGGUAAUCUGCUUGUCAUUCUGUCAGUUUUCGUCUCAGCAAAGCUUCGAACAGUCACGAACUUUUUUAUUGUAUCGCUAGCAGUGGCUGACCUGCUAGUAGGGAUCACAGUUCUCCCCUAUUCGAUGACGCUAGAGGUCUUGGACGUGUGGAUCUUCGGAAACACUUGGUGCCAAAUUUGGUUGGCUGUGGAUGUCUGGCUGUGUACUUCCUCCAUCCUCCACUUGUGUGCUAUCAGCGUGGAUAGAUAUUUAGCCAUUACCAGACCGGUUCACUACCGAAGCAUCAUGUCGUCGCGACGAGCAAAGCUACUCAUUGCUGCCGUCUGGGUGGUUGCAUUUGUCAUCUGUUUCCCUCCUCUUGUUGGCUGGAACGACAGCACGAGCGGCACGAGCAUUACGUUUCCAGAAUUCACAAAUGAGUCGUUUUCAGCAAACUACAGUGCCAUUACUCAGGGCGUCGCAACCAGUCGAUCAACUAUCGACCUCGACCAAUCCGUCGGGCCGAAUGACCUCGACCAGUCCGUCGGGCCGAACAAAUCUGGUACAAAGUUGGAAAGUUGGUUAAGUGGGAAUGCUGUGGAGAACACGGUAUCGCCAGUUAACUCGACUACGCCGUGUAUUACACAAAGCUGCUCUUUAAUAAACAACAAAGGCUACGUCAUCUAUUCCGCGUUUGGUUCUUUUUACAUUCCAAUGUUGGUCAUGCUAUUUUUCUAUUGGAGAAUAUACGCCGCUGCGUUGAAAACUGGGCGAGCUUUGGAAAGGGGAUUUAAAACUACAAAAUCAAACAAAGGUAAAAACGCGAAGGGCGAAGAGCAGCGACUGACCCUGCGUAUCCACAGAGGUCAUGCUACGACGGAAAUAGCCAGUCAUGAAAACAAAGGUCAAGAAAGAAGGCCGUACAAGAGGUAUAACACGUUAUCAUUUCAUGGUAAGCCGACUCGGAAGUUGCAAAGUAGGACAGAUUUCGAUGGAAAAACAGUUUCAACGUCAUUGACGUUCGAUGCUGAGCUCAAAUCUCGUCAUAAUAAGCAUUACAAUCAAGACGAUAAUCCUUCAACUUCAAGUUAUCAAGGAAGAGAAAACAUGGGAGUCAGAAGAAGAAAAAUGUACUUUUCACGCAUGAGCAGAAGAAAUAUUAGGUGGCACGCGAGACGUUUUAGGUCAGAGGCCAAGGCCACAAAGACAGUUGGAGUUAUUGUGGGCGGUUUUAUAAUCUGCUGGCUUCCGUUUUUUACAGUAUACCUGGUAGGAGCUUUCUGUGACCACUGUAUCUCUCAACUUGUAUUCUCUGUUUUCUUCUGGUUAGGAUAUUGUAAUUCUGCCAUCAAUCCCUUCAUUUACGCUCUCUUCAGCAAAGAUUUUAGAUAUGCUUUUAAAAGACUCUUAUGUCGAUGUCUGGUAAAAAAAGAAGGGAUUUCAUCUCUCAUCCGCCAAAUUCAUUUGUCGACGUUUCUGGAUGAGAACACAGAGUCUGGGUGAAACCGAAUACUUACUUAUCCACCAACUUCAUCUGUUGACAUUUCUGGUAAGAAGAGGGUCUGCGUGAAACCGAAUAUCACGUAUCCUACAAAUUUAUCUGUUGACGUUUCUGAAAGAGAACAAAAGGUCUGAGUGAAACAGAGUCAUCAGUUAUCACGUAUCCUACAAAUUUAUCUGUUGACGUUUCUGAAAGAGAACAAAAGGUCUGAGUGAAACAGAGUCAUCGAUUAUCACCCUACUUCAUCUGUUGACGUUUCUGAAAGAGAACAAAAAGUCUGAGUGAAACAGAGUCAUCAGUUAUCACCCUACUUCAUCUGUUGAAGUUUCCAGAAGAGAACAUAGAGUUUGGAUGAAACCGAGUUAUCACUUAUCUGCCAAAUCCAUCUUAUACCUUACGGAGUGAUAAUGAAGAUCCCAUUUUUUGGAUUUCUGGAGAGGAUUUUUGAUAAAACUUUUUCGCCUGUAAACCACUAAGUUCUUAUAUAAAUAAUAUCGUGUGUUCUCUGUGUGAAAUCUGAUCAUUUCCUGUCAAUCGGUAUUUUCUGUUACAGUUUCUGUGAAAAGAAAUUCGGAUUAUAGAUGAGAUCCAUUGAUUCUUUUCUCAGCAAAGUCCGUCUAUCAAGGUUUCAUAAACAGAGCACAGACUCUGGCUAAAAUGGACAAGGAUGGAACUCCCGUUUUCCUGAAAUAUUUAUUACACACCGCUAAAAUGAACCUUAAAGACAAACAAACAUUGUAAAUGAAGUUCAAAGAAAUAGGUUAAAAUGAAGUUAGGUAUGGCUGAAUGAAUCAUAAUUAAAAAACAAAACAAAAAACGUUACAAAUAUAAAUGUGUUGAAGUAUGUCUAAUUCCUGUGCUCAAAGUUCGUGUAUAUUUGGUAUACUCUAUAAAGAUAUAAAUAAUAUUUCCUAAUUCGUCCGUUCGUCUCUAACACAGUUUGUGUUAACCGAAAUAUUUUGUUACAGGAAGCGUGAAUGUUUUUUCUCUCAACUAAAUAUUAUAUUUUUGUUACCUCGUACAG